ACUGCUUUAAUAGUCUAAGAUAACCAACCAGAGUUGUUUAUUUGGCGUUGCGACAUUGCAGAUACGUAAAGCUGCUCGUCUACCGCACGUCACAUGAGAAACCCGACCUGGAAAGAUGCAGGCAGAAAAUGGAAAACCCACCACGGUGAGCUCGGUCUCCAAAGAAUUGGAAGCCGCGGCUGACGCCGACAUGGGUCGCUUAGACUCUCAAGCUGAUCUUAUGGCGAGUGAAUUGAAUGAGCGCGGUAACUGGGGGGGCCAGAUAGAGUUUAUUUUAACCUGUGUCGGCUAUGCCGUAGGUCUGGGAAAUGUAUGGCGCUUUCCAUACCUAUGUUACAGGAACGGUGGAGGAGCCUUUAUUCUCCCAUACUGCAUCAGCUUGGCAUUUGUGGGUCUACCCUUAUUCUUCAUGGAACUUUGUUUUGGCCAGUUUGCCAGUCUUGGGCCUAUUACUAUUUGGAAAAUUAGUCCUCUGUUUAAAGGUCUCGGCUAUGCCAUGGUGAUGGUGUCUCUAAUCAUGGGUCUAUACUACAACGUUAUCAUUGCCUACUGUAUUUACUACUUCUUCGCCUCCAUGACGGCCAAUUUGCCGUGGUCUUCUUGUGGGAAUCCUUGGAACACUAAAGAUUGCUUAGAAGUUGGCCAAGGCGUUUCGACGAACACGACCAAUAUGACCACAACUGUCAGUUCUGCAGUGACCACCACUGCUAGUUCUUCAAUGACGACAAUGCUUAUGAACGCUACCAAUACCAGUUCCCGUAUAUCGCCCAGCGAGGAAUACUUCUACCGUAAAGUCCUGGAGAUGACUGAUGGGAUAGACAACUCAGGGGGUCUCAAAUGGGACCUUUCCCUGUGCCUUCUGCUGGCCUGGCUGAUUGUGUUCCUGGUCCUGAUCAAGGGAAUCCAGUCCCUAGGGAAAGUUGUCUAUUUCACCGCCAUUUUUCCCUACAUCAUCCUUACCAUUCUCCUUGUAAACGGCGCUUUGCUGCCGGGAUCUGCUGAAGGCAUUCGAUAUUACAUGUCGCCUAAUAUUACACGUCUUGCAGACAUUGAGGUAUGGAGUGACGCAGUCGUUCAGAUUUUUUAUUCUCUCAGCGCAUGCUCAGGAGGGCUGGUAGUGAUGGCAAGCUACAACAAAUUCAACAACAACUGCUUCAGGGACGCACUGAUUGUGCCUCUUAUUAACUGUGGCACAAGCAUAUAUGCCGGGUUUGUCAUCUUCUCCGUGCUUGGCUACAUGGCGCAUAUAUCUGGAAAAGAGGUGGCUGAUGUGGCUAGUCAAGGUCCUGGUCUUGCCUUCAUCGUGUAUCCAGAGGCCAUAUCCACGAUGCCGUUGCCGACGCUGUGGGCCAUUCUGUUCUUUUUCAUGAUGAUGCUGCUAGGUUUCAGCUCCCAAUUCUCCAUAGUGGAAUGCGUAUUGAGCAGCAUAAUGGAUGAUUACGCACAUAUUCUACGCGUUAAUAAAAAGAGGGAAAUUCUUAUGCGCGGUGUCGCGUGUGGUUUGUUUUUCUUGCUCGGUUUGCCCAUGUGCACAAAGAGUGGCCAUUUUCUAUUUGACCUAGUGGACACGUAUAUUGGCGGCUUCCCGCUACUGUUUGUUGGCUUAUUUGAAUGCAUAGUGCUGCAGUGGGUGUAUGGAUGGGACAGGUUUUCUGAGGACGUCAAAAUGAUGCUUGGCAAGAAACCUAACAUAUAUUUCCGGAUUAUGUGGGUUUACGUUUCACCAUUUCUCAUGUUUGCUGUCAUAGCAUUCAAGUUCGUUCUGUUGAAACCACACGUGUACCAGGGCUACAUUUACCCUGUAUGGGCCCAGGCCAUGGGAUGGAUGAUUGCAUUUACUCCUAUCGCCCUCAUCCCCGGCUGGUUCCUUGGCAGAUUCUGCUACGACGGCGGCUUCCAGGCCUUGAAGAGCUCUGCAUCACCGCAAGCUGACUGGGGACCUGCAAAUGCGGAAGACCGCGAAGGGUCAAAGUACGACACAAAAUCCAAGGCAAAAGCGCUCUAUGGCAAUGGUUCAUCCAACCCUGCAUUUGAUCAAUAUUCCUACGAAUAACUCUCAACCACAGAACUUUUGUAUGAGUAAAAGAUACUUUGAAGAUUCGAGAACUCUUGGACAAACUCACCGUUUUCUUGUUAGCAUGGAAAUAUAACACCCAUGUGGCUUUGAUGAGGAGCUUUACUUGCUCUUGAAAAAGCGUGCAUUUAAAGAGUGAAUAGUGUGGGUUUAUUUUAUGCCACUAGAGAUCAAGAUAUUCUACAAACUAUUCUACACGGCGACUUGUAUGUUCUAAAAGUGGACACAUAUACCUGUAUUCUUUAUAAAUGUACAAACCAACCAAAGCCGUUUGUAAUUAUUAUUCAGCAUACUCCAUUCUCGUCAAUAACGAUUAUUGUGAGAAAAUUAAAGAAACGUCCCCUUUGAUUCUAAUGUGUUGUCCUUAAAAGAUUAAAACUAUUUAAUGUAAUAUCAAUUUAUAUGUCUGUGUGGUUUAGUAAAACAUAUUGAAUCACAGAAAGCUUGAUCAAAUAUUUACUUUUUUUGCAAAAGAAAUAUAAAUUGAAGUAUAAUGCCAGGUGGCCCAAAAUUUGACGAAAAACCAUACCUGACGUCAAGGGGGGCCCAGGGUCGGGACAAGUUGGCACACUGUACAGCUAGUAUUCCAUGUAAAUGCCCUGAAAUGUAUAUGUACACAUUUGUAUUUCAUUAAACUGAUUUUUAGAGUCUUUGAUAAAUUAGUAGUUCAAACGAGGUAGAUAUAUUAAGGUUUUUACCCUACCUAAUGGAAACUUGCCGUAUGAAACGUGAUGAGCAGUGUUCCAUACGGAUAUAUAACACGAGUGCCUUGCACUGUCUUAUAAUUUCAGCGUUUAGCAAUUUUACCUGUCGACCAGACAUGUCCUUAAAAUGCCACCAAAGGUCGUAUAUUUUAAUAUACAUUAAAAUGCCUUCUUUUCAGUCAAUGCCGACUUUAUGUUCGAACAUGUAAAACAUGAAGUUAGAAGAACAUUUGGCGAGUAACAAUAUGUAUUUUAUUGUCUAGACAUUUUGUUAGAAACAAAUAUCAUUCUUGGGAUAGGAUAAUCAUAAUGAAAGUAAGUUUAAAAAAAACACUGGGUAAAGGAGACCUACGUGUUCAACAAGAAGCUAUGAAAGUUUGGUAAUGAGCAUGACAGUGACACGGAGGCACACC